AAGUAACUCGUCAUUUUGGAGAAAACAAACUGCUCUCUCUCUCUUUCUCUCUCUCUCUCUCACACACACACACACACACACACACACACCGAAUAAGGAAGUCACUCCUUUCAGACAAAACAAAACUGAUCUCUCUCUCGGUGGGAUUUCAGGAAAAUGGCUGAGGCCAGUAUUUCAGUAGAUCAGCUUUCUCAGGACCAGUUCAUGUGUCCACUGUGUCUGGAUCUCCGGAAAGAUUCGGUGACUAUCCCCUGUGGUCACAGUUUCUGUAAGGUUUGCAUGAAUGGCUGCUGGGAUCCGAAGGAUCAGAAGGGCGUCUACAGCUGUCCUCAGUGCAGAGACACUUUCACGACAAGGCCUGUUCUACGCAGAAACAAUAUGCUGCCUGAAGUGGUGGAGAAACUGAAGAAGACUGAAUUCCAAUCUACUUCUCCUGCUCACUGUUACGCUGGACCUGGAGAUGUGGAGUGUGAUUUCUGCACCGGGAGAAAACACAAAGCUGUCAAGUCCUGUCUGAUGUGUUUGAUUUCAUUUUGUGAAACUCAUCUGAAACCUCAUCUUGAAGUUCCUGCUUUGAAAAAACACAUAUUAAUUGAAGCCUCAGCAAAACUCCAAGAGAAGAUCUGCUCUGAGCAUAACAAGCUGAUUGAGCUCUACUGUCGUACUGAUCAAACCUGCAUCUGUUAUUUGUGUAUGAUGGAAAAUCACAAAGGUCACGACAUCGUCACAGCCGCAGCAGAAAGAGCUGAGAAACAGAGUGAGUUAAAGGAGGAGCAGAUGAAAUCCCAGCAGAGAAUCCAGGAGAAGCAGAAGAAGGUGCAGGAGCUGAAACAGGCUGUGAACACUAUAAAGCUCAGUGCACAGACAGCAGUGGAGGACAGUGAGAGGAUCUUUACUGAGCUGAUCAGCUCCAUGGAGAAAAAGCGCUGGGAGGUGACGGAGCUGAUCAGAGAUCAGGAGAAGGCUGAACUGAGUCGAGCUGAACGACUCCUGGAGCAACUGGAGCAGGAGAUUGCUGAUCUUCAGAGGAGAGUCACUGAGCUGGAGCAGCUUUCACACACACACGAUCACAUCCAUUUCCUCCAGGUUUUAGCUUCUGGACGUCGAUCUCCUCCACUUAUCGGACCAGAUUUUCACACAUCCAGCGUCACUGUCCAUCAACAUCUCUCAUUUGAUGGAGUGAGGAAUUCUCUCUCAGAUCUGAAAAAGAGACUCGAGGAAUUCUGUGAGGAGGAAUUCAACAAAAUCCCUCCACAUGCUGCAGCAGUUCAGAUUAUUUCAGGACCAGAAACACUGAGCAGAGAAGAGUUUCUGAAAUAUUUCUGUUAUCUGACUCUGGAUCCCAACACGGCACAUCGUCACCUCAUUCUGUCUGAGAAGAACAGAGCAGUGAGAGAUAGUGGGAGAGAGCAGCGUUACUCUGAUCAUCCAGAGAGAUUUGAUUCCAACUGUCAGGUGUUGUGUAAGGAGAGUGUGUGUGGACGCUGUUACUGGGAGGUGGAGUGGAGCGGUGCUGGUGGUGUCUCCAUAUCAGUCUCAUAUAAAGACAUCGUCAGGAAAGGACUGGGUAAUGAGUGUGGGUUUGGAGGCAACAAUCAGUCCUGGAGUCUGUGGUGUUCUUCUUCUUCUCUUUCUUUCUGGCACAACAACAUUAAGACUGAGCUCAAAGUUCCAUCACCCUCCAGAAUAGGAGUGUAUGUGGAUCACAGUGCAGGAACUCUGUCCUUCUACAGCGUCUCUGACACGAUGAAGCUCCUCCACAGAGUCCACACCACAUUCACUCAGACUCUAUAUGCUGGGUUUGGGUUCUUCAAAGUUUCUGGGUUAGCGUUCUACUGGUUUUCUGGUUCUACUGUGAGAUUGUGUGAUCCAUCGUAAAAAAAAAAGUGUUUUUUUUUUCUUUUUUAUGUAAAAUUCCUGCACGUUGCCACGUUGUUGGUCAAUCGUCUGUUUUAUUAGAACACAAUCCAGCUGGACAAAAAACAGUCACUUUAUUAUUUAAGUUAAAGCAUGUAUAAUGUAAAUGUAUAAUAAUUACAGGUAGACUGCCUCUCA